AUGGUGAUUGCGGCCUGCAAUUCGGUCACCCACGUUGACCCGUUCCAGCGCAUGGUGUUGCGCCUCCAGGUCACGGCCCGUGCGCUCACGAGCUGGAGCGCCCGCACGGUCGGUGGCGUCCGCCUCAAGCUCGCAAUCUCGCGGGAGCUGAUCUUGAGAUUUGACAAGGCGCAAGAGGACAGGGCCCUCACCCCUGAUGAACGAUGGCUACACUCCCAACUGAAGAUAUCCUACCUUGGGCUUGUCUCCCUGGAACGUACCAUUGCUCGCCAACAGGCACGUAUUGCCUCUCUGAAGGACGGAGACACGAACAGCUCCUUCCAUCUACAGAGCACCAACCGUCGACAGAAGAACACGAUCCACACUAUCACCAUCGAUGACCGUGUGCUCUCCGACCACAAUGACAUCGCAGACGCGGCCUUCACCCACUUCAACGCCUUGCUGCGCGCCAUCGCCGACCGCAACUGCUCGAUGAACCUUCACGACCUCAUCAAGCCGGCCGAUGACCUUCUCGACCUUGAGGCGCCUUUCGGAUUUCACGGACGUAUUCCAGCAGCUCUACCACAUGCGUGGGAGGGCUUCGCCCGCCUCAACCAGGCACUGCUUACCUUGCUCCCCAAGCGCGCCGACACCGCCAGCUUCAGGGACUACAGGCCCAUAAGCCUCAUCCACCUCGUCGCCAAGGCCGCGAAACUGUUCUCGCUAUGCCGCGCCCCAAAGCUGGAUCGCCUCGUCAGCAACAACCAGAACGCGUUUAUCCCCGGGCGCAGACUUCAUGAUAAUUUCAUUCUGGUCAAGCAGUUGGCACGCCUACUCCACCAACUCAAGGCAGCAAGAGCCCUCCUCAAGCUUGACCUGGCAAAAGCUUUCGAGACUCGAUCUCUUGAUCGGCCCCCGAUCUGGCACCGCUGUGGCUUCCGGCAAGGCGACCCGCUGUCUCCGUGGCUCUUUGUCCUUGUCGUCGACGUCCUCGACCGGCUCAUCAAUCGGAUCAUCGCGGUCAAGGAAAUCCUCCAACUAUUUGGCCACGCCUCCGGACUCCACGUCAACUACACCAAGAGCACGGCUACCCUCAUUCACUGCGGCAGCGACGCGACAACCGCAGCGGUCCAGCUGCUCGGCUGCCCCAUGGCCGAGCUCCCUAUCACCUACCUGGGAAUUCCCCUCAUGGUUCGGCGACCCACUGCCGCGCAGCUGCAACCGCUCGUGAACAAGGUGCGGGGCCAGUUGCCAUCCUGGAAAGCGAGGCUCAUGAACAAGGCCGGGCGCCUCGCGACAGUGAAAUCUAUCCUCUGCGCGAUCCCCAUCCACCAACUGUUGUCCUUCGCGCCACCUAUAAAAACCAUCAAGCAGCUUGAGAAGAUAGAACGAGGGUUCUUGUGGGCUGGCCGUGAGGCAGCCAAUGGCGGCAACUGCCAUGUCAACUGGCGCCGGACAUGCUGCCCCAUCGAGCUCGGAUGCCUCGGAAUUCCUGACCUGGAGCGCACCAGGCUGGCGUUGCGCCUUCGAUGGUUAUGGCUGAGCCGCACUGACCAAACCAGGGCAUGGAGCUGCCUUGGCUUGCAGUUCUCUGCAGACGAGCGGGCACUGUUCUUCGCCUGCAUCGAGACGGUCCUGGGCAACGGCCAUACAUCCCUAUUCUGGGACGACCGGUGGAUCAAUGGCCGCUCCAUCAGCGAGAUCGCACCACAGCUCCACGCCUGCAUCCCCAAGCGCAAGAGAAAGGCAUGA